AUGGCACCACCUCUCUAACCUCCCUUCUUCUUCAGCUGUACACAUUUCUUCAAAUUAACAGUAUUUAUCAAGGAACAAAAAUGCUUUAAAAAUGGCUUCCAAAGCCCAACUCUUCAUCUCUCUCCCUCAUUUACCUUCCCCUUCAAAACCCAGGGCUUUAAGCAUCAGCUGCUGUCUCGAGAUCAAACAAGCAAGAAAUGAUCAAACCAGUAGCAGCAACAAGAUUCCGACCGGCCUCCGCGUGGCAUUCGCCGCCGGUGGAACCGGCGGGCACAUCUACCCGGCGGUAGCAAUAGCAGACGAGCUCAAACUCGUCAACCCAACCUCAAAGUUCAUCUUUUUGGGCUGCCCCAACAGCAUGGAGAGCACUGCGAUUCCCUCGGCUCAUUUUGAGUUCAAAUCAAUCCCAGCCGUCAAAUUAGCCAGGCCUUUCGUCUCCCUCCGUAAUCUCCUCCUCCCCUACCGUCUGAUCGAAUCCAUCAUCAAAUGCUAUAUCCUUUUGUCCAUAUUCCGACCCCAUGUAGUCAUCGGAACCGGUGGGUAUGUUUCUUUUCCGGUCUGUUUAGCCGCAGUACUCAGGGGGGUCAAGGUUGUGAUCCAAGAACAAAACUCUGUUCCCGGUAUUGCUAAUCGGGUUCUCUCUUUGUUUGCUGAUUUGGUGUUUGUUGCAUUCAAUUCAACGGUUGAGAGUGUCCCAAGGAAAGAAAAGUGUGUUGUCUGUGGAAAUCCCAUCAGAUUGUCUUUGAAAAGUCCGGUCGAAAAGGCGGCAUCUAGGUUGCAUUUUUUCGAAACAAUGGAGGGUUCUUCUGAGGAGAUUAAAGUGGUUUUGGUUCUUGGAGGGUCUUUGGGAGCUAAUGCUAUCAACAUUGCUUUGUUGCAUGUGUACUCCCAGUUGCUGUUGGAACAUAAGAAUUGGUUCAUUAUAUGGCAGACGGGGGUACAUUCAUUCGAUGAAAUGGAGAGCUUGGUUAGGAGCCACCAUCGGCUUCUUUUGACACCGUUUUUGCAUUCAAUGGAUAUGGCAUAUGCAGCGGCUGACCUCAUUGUUUCACGAGCCGGCGCAAUGACUUGUUCUGAGAUCUUGGCUACUGGGAAACCUGCUAUAUUGGUACCAUCCCCAAAUGUUGCAGAAGGACAUCAACACAGAAAUGCUUCUCUAAUGGCGGAUGUGGCGGGUUCGAGGGUUAUAACUGAGGAUGAACUUGACUCAACCACCCUUGGGACAGCUAUAUCUGAAAUAUUAGGGAAUGAGAGAUUGCUGGCAGAGAUGUCCGAGAGGGCUCUGAAAGCUGCGAAGCCCGAUGCUUCAUCGGAGAUUGCAAAACGCAUCCUUUCCCUAGUUAACUUAUCUGGUAAGGAAGUUGAUGGAUAAAAAUUUAUCUUGCUUAGCAACCCUGGAUGUUCAUUGUUGUUGUGGGAUCUGAUAGUUCUUGUUUAUGGAUAUCAAUCAAUAACUUUCACAAAUAGCUU